AUGGCCGACUUUGACAGCGAGAUGGACUUGUAUUACAAAGCCGAAACCCUCGUCAAAUUCCUACAAGAAUGGACACCGGAAAAGUCUUCCACCUCCCUGCAACAAAUACUGUUACACUUGGCAAUUCGACUGUAUGAGUUUGAUUUCUUCGGACAAAUACCCCCGCACAUCCAGGGGACCACGGGGAGGGUUUAUCAGCUCAGCAAAGCCAGGACUUAUGAAGGGAGAAGGGAGUUGGCGCCGGCGACAUCGAUAUCCUGUAAGCCGUACAGCGCCCGAGCAGGCCGGCGCUGCGGUCGGUGGAUCGUGGUAACGACCAUCCACCCUUCCACGCCGAUCCUCCGGAAAAUCAGCUCCCUGUCCGGCUGGUGCAUGGUCGUAGUGGCGGACAAGAAGGGACCGGUGACCAUGGACAUCCCCAACGUGGAUUACCUGGAUGUAGUCCAACAGGAGAGCUGUGGCUACCAAAUCUGCCGCCUGUUGCCCUGGAACCACUUCGGAAGGAAGAACAUCGGGUACCUGUACGCCAUCGAACACGGGGCCGAGAUGAUCUAUGACACCGACGAUGACAACCAGCCACUAUUUGACGAAUUGCCGGCGUUUGACAACGUCGGUUACUCCAAGCAGUUACAUGUAGCGGGGCACCUCUGGAAUCCUUACCCUCAGUUUGGUGCCAACACCAAGAUGUGGCCCAGGGGGUUUCCCCUCAGCCGCAUCAUGGAUCCCGCCACUAAGAGGGUAAAUGUGUCAAGCGGGACAGUGGCAGCAAGACGAGCGGGCGUGGUUCAGUUUUUGGCCCAACAUGAUCCCGACAUAGACGCUAUCUACCGUUUGACCAACGAGCUCCCGUACGAGUUCGACCCCGCACCCCGCCGGCUCUUCGUACCCGAGCGAGUUAUGUCCCCGUACAACGCCCAGGCCACCUUACACGCACACCAGGCUUUCUGGGGGCUGCUCCUGCCAGUCUCGGUCCACGGCCGCGUUUCAGAUAUCUGGCGGAGCUACUUCACGCAGCGUCUGCUGUGGGACAUCGGCUUGCAGGUGGCUUUCCACUCGCCCUUCGUGGUGCAGUAUCGCAACCCCCACAACUACAUGGCCGACUUUGACAGCGAGAUGGACUUGUAUUACAAAGCCGAAACCCUCGUCAAAUUCCUACAAGAAUGGACACCGGAAAAGUCUUCCACCUCCCUGCAACAAAUACUGUUACACUUGGCAAUUCGACUGUAUGAGUUUGAUUUCUUCGGAGUACAGGAUGUGACUUUGACGGAAGCUUGGAUUCAAGACCUUCAGUGUCUUGGAUACAAAUUUCCACUUCAUCCAUCUCUCAUCACACAAAAGUCAUUGGUUGAUGAUGAGGCAUUAUCAGCAACGUAUCUUCCCUUUUAGGUUAUGAUGGCUUUUCCAAAACCUCGAAUAAGUCUGUGGCUUAGGCACUGCUUGUCUCGGACUCGAGGAUAAUUCAGGAGGCUUAUAACACUCGGAUCAAACGAAAUAACACUUUUGGUGUCGUAUUAUAUUCAGAUUUGAUGUUGCACUUCACGUGCUCUUCAACUAAUUGUUUUUUGUUGUUUUUUUGUCUUGUAACGAGUAUUUUUUUCUUCUAUGUUUGUCGUCUGCAGCAGUGUCAAGAAAAGUUUUAUUUU